AGAGAGAGAGAGAGAGAGAGAGAGAGGGUGAGUGAGUGAGUGACAAUGCUGGGCUCGAAAUCUAUCUCACUAUUAAGGUCGACUUCAUCAUAUUUAAGCGUUUAAGUUGUGCGAAGUUCGCGGUUUCACCUACGUCAUAUCAUUUGAAGUGCAUAUCUCGGAAAUCUCCUUCAACGAGUGUGUGUAUGGCAAGAUGCUAGAAUCACCCCUUAUCAAUGACCCAAACCUGACUUUGUUUGCGUGCAAAAUGUCAGAAAUCUACACGCUAGUUCCCUGAGAUCAAUGACGGAUUCAUUAAGACUCUCUUGACUGAUACUCUUGAUGGAGCGCCAUUUUGAAUGAAUCUUCCGCUUCUUCCAUCGAUUCUAUUCUACCGGGAGCCUCCGCGCACUACAGUCACACAGGACAAAUCAACCAGUUGUUAGAGACAGUGAAAGGGAUAUAUAGCUCACGCCGUUUCCUAUGAAUUGUCUCAUUUUUGGUUCUCCUCACACAUAUCUCAUUUUAUCACCUCCAUCUUGAAUUAAGAACAAUCUCAACUUCGAAUACAUCCACGGGACCCUUUAUACCAUCCCUCGUCCACCGUUUUGCAGGCACACCACCUUACAAACCCCAACAAAUCCUAAGCCCUUUCAUUGCCGAGACAAGGACAUCCAAUGGCGCCGGUUUAUGCACUGAGCUUGUCGAAAUAUAAUGGCCCUGACAAUGGCGUUGUCUGGCUACCAGGAUCACUUGGGUUUGUUCUGCGAGUCUAUUGUUCAGGAUCCACGUUGUUUGACGACCCUUUCAAAGACAUCGGAGUGACUUGCACCACUAUUACCAAGGACAGCGCUGGCCACCUAAUUUCCCGCUAUGAGAGGUGGUAUUCUCUUGAAUCUAACUUUACCUCUACAAAGCACGAGAAGGAUGGGUCAAGUUCCCUAGUUCUAGCUCUGCUGGCUGAUCUUAAGGACGUCGGCAACGUUCGAAUCAACUUUAGCAUCAAGAAGAAGUUGGCGAAUGGCACAUUCCAGCUCAUGGGGGGUUCAGAGCUGGACGUAGACCGCGCAAUUAGGACCAUGGACUUGGACCAGGUGAAGAAGGAAACCGAAGCGGAAUUGAACAAGUAAGACAGGUAAACUGGCGAGCUAUCUCGCGACGGGCCAUUUUUUUGCAUGCAUCUCUUACAGGUAGCAUCCAAUAACGAUCCGGCAAGCCUGCUCGCCUUCUUCUUCGCCCCGCCCCGCCCCGCCCCGCUCAACACAGCUAUUUUCGGGACCUCCUCCAACCGCAUCUAACAAUUUUUCGGGCCUUACCUUAAUCCGCGACGAUUGUCCCAUUUCCACCCCUCCGACCUCUGUGUGCCUAAAGACCAGAUCGCGACUGGUGGCGACGCAGCGACCUACUCUCAUUGACGAUGGAUAUCAUAUCUAUUGAACGCUUAUUUGAUUGAUUUUUAAAGGAAGGAAAGAAAGAAAGAGUAACAAUAUUAAUAAGAAUCCAAACACUACAUUUUGUUCCUCUGGAAUCUUGCUACCAUUUACUUUUCCUAAUUUUCCUGUUUGAUGUUCAAGAUAAUCCUGUACGUUUAGAAGAGCGUCGCUAUGGUAGGGAUAUGAAAUAAGUACUCGUACUCCUCUACUUUAAAUUUCGCAAAGCUGCAAUCAUUUCGACGCAUAACUACUUCUGAUACCCUAUCAGCUUGAAAGAUGUAGGUUAACACAACGGACACUCCGGGUUCAACAGAGCAUUCAGAUGAUCAGGUGCGUCGCCUCCCCGUAUCACAUUACCCACUGCGGCUGGUCUUAAGAGGUUGCCAGCUUUUCAAGAACGGAUAACGGGAGGACGGAUGUUAAAGCAUGCACAUAGUAAUUGGUUACGCUGCGUAGUUGCGUCGCAGUCGAGCUCCCGCGCUAGUUAAAAACAAGCAACUAUUAGCCUCGUCCUCGGGUCUUAAUGCUAGCGUUAGAAGAAUGUUACAGAAAUGUCACGCGCGCAGAGAUGAGGCCGCAAACCAGCAACUUACAGGCGUAACGGUCCUGAUGAGAAUGUUGCGGGGUGGAG